GCCGUCGUCGUCGUCGUCGCCGUCGUCAUCGCCGUCGCCGUCGCCGCCGCCGUUGCCGUUAUCAUCGUAUCGAUAUUUUAUCCGAUAAUCUCGAGAUGAGGCCGCUCUUGGUAUUCGUAAUGGUCUACUUGCUGGCCAAGAUCGUCGAUUGUCGAGCCGUUGAAAAUGACACUGAUGAGAAUGAGCGCGAUAAGCGACGACACAAGUUCUCCGUCGAGGAUCUACUCAACGCCAAGUUUCCGCACAUUAUCACUGGAGAUUUAGACAUUGAUAUUUGCAAGGCAGGUGGUUUUCUUGGUGACAUUGCUCUGCCAAAUAUUAAAUACGACACAGAAUGGCGCGAGCAAAAAUUGAAUAAAAGCUAUUUAGAAGAAUUGAAAAAGUAUAGAGAAGAGAUAUUGAAAGAAGGCCUACAGGUGGAGGAGGAAGGUCUCACAGAAAUUCUACAGUUUAAGAGUGAAGACGAUGCUAAUAAACAGGUGCUCCCUGAGCACGAUCAGAUGGUUGUUGGAGAAAAGUCAGAACCUGUCACGAUAAAUCGCAACCAGUAUAGCACUGGUGACGAUGGUGGUUUCAGCUUUAGUGCUAGAAAUGAUGAUACUAAUCCCGCGGUCAAAGACGAAGGCUUUGAAUUCAGAUUGGAAUUUUCGACCCAAGCUUCGAAGAAAAGGCAUUCUGGACGACAAACUCGACAAUUUUCCAGGAGGACUUCGAUAUCGGGAUCAGCGACAGCUAGACAAUCGAACGACAAUAUGCCUCUCGAAUUUUCAACCUCUACAACUUUAACUCUCGAGGAUAACGAAUAUGUAGGCCGCAUACAUACAGGCGGUGUCAAGGAAACAUUUACCGCGCAACCUGAAACGGGUGUGCAAAGUGUUGCAAAUCGACGACGUCGGCGUCAUCAUCGCAAAAGAUGUUCUCAAAGUCAUUGUAAUCGACGAAUAUACGGCCUUAUUACCGAUGCGUCGGACGAAAUUGUUUCUGCACACGAUCGACGCCUUCGUUCCAUCGAGUUCUACGAUAUAGAACACAAACCAAAAUAUUUGGCAAACAAGAGCGGCACGAGACAUGCGUAUUUAAGCAGAAUACGUCGAGCGGCUACUGCGAGGAAGGAACGAGUGUGGGAUCACGGUGUGAUCCCCUACGAGAUCGAUGGAAAUUUUUCUGGCGCACAUAAAGCUUUAUUCAAGCAGGCGAUGAGACACUGGGAAAAUUUCACUUGCGUCAAAUUUGUAGAGAGGGUGCCUAGAGAGCACCCUAAUUACAUUUUGUUUACGGAAAGACCAUGCGGAUGUUGUUCUUUCGUUGGAAAGAGAGGUAAUGGACCGCAGGCUAUUAGUAUUGGAAAAAACUGUGACAAGUUUGGAAUAGUUGUACACGAAUUGGGUCAUGUCGUUGGAUUUUGGCACGAACACACCCGACCGGAUCGUGACCGUCAUGUACAAAUCAUCCGCGAUAAUAUUAUGAGUGGUCAGGAGUACAAUUUCAACAAGUUGACAGAGGAAGAGGUCAAUUCACUCGGAUUACCCUAUGAUUAUGACUCAAUUAUGCACUAUGCAAAGAAUACUUUUUCGAAAGGCACUUAUCUGGACACGAUCUUACCUAUGGAAACUCAUGGAAAAAAGAGACCCGAGAUCGGACAAAGAAUUAGAUUGAGCGAGGGCGACAUUGCACAGACGAAUCUUUUGUAUAAGUGUUACAAAUGCGGUAGAACUUUUCAAGAGAACAGUGGCAGCUUCGGAUCACCGAAUCAUCCAAAUAAUUCUCCGUCCGUUGAUGGAGAACGAUGCGAAUGGAGGAUUACGGCAACGCAUGGCGAACGUAUCGUAUUAAACAUCACGUCUCUUGACAUAUACAAAAGUGAUUAUUGCCGCAGCGACUACCUGGAGAUUCGAGAUGGAUACUGGUAUAAGAGUCGAGUAUUAGGUCGAUAUUGCGGCAGUGGCAAGAUGCACGAACCAAUAGUAUCGAGUGGAAGUCGUAUGCUGGUAAUGUAUGUGACAUCCAGCAAGCAGAGUGGCCAUCGUGGUUUCACGGCGAGUUACGAGGCCGUUUGCGGCGGUGAUGUUGAAUUAGAUGGCGUAGGACAUCUGGAGUCGCCAAAUUAUCCAGAAGAAUAUCAGUCCAGCAAAGAGUGCGUGUGGAAGUUGUCUGUACCUCUAGAUUAUCAAGUGGCCUUGAAAUUCCAAUCUUUCGAGAUCGAGAACCACGACAAUUGCGUGUACGACUACGUUGAAGUGCGUGACGGACAUAACAACGAUUCCCCCUUAAUCGGCGUUUAUUGCGGGUACAAGAUACCGCCAGAUAUUAAGUCGACGGGGAAUAAGCUUCUCGUCAAGUUCGUCAGCGAUGGUUCCGUUCAAAAGGCUGGUUUCUCGGCAACUUUUAUGAAAGAAUUUGACGAGUGCAUAUUAACGGAUCACGGUUGCGAGCACGAUUGCAUCAAUACGCUCGGUGGAUACGAAUGUUCUUGUAAAAUUGGUUACGAAUUACAUUCUGACGGCAAACAUUGCGAAGAUGCUUGCGGUGGAUUUUUCGACGACAGUAAUGGCACUAUCACGAGUCCAUCGUUUCCCGAAACUUACCCAGGAAACAAGAAUUGCGUGUGGGAAAUUAUCGCUCCGCCUCAGUACCGCAUCACUCUUAAUUUCACGCAUUUCGAUCUCGAAGGCAACAACGUAUACCAGGAAGAAUGCGAGUACGACUCUGUGGAAGUGGCGAGUAAGCUUGGCGAUGAUGUUCUCAGAAAGCAUGGGAUAUAUUGUGGCGCACGAUUACCGUCACUUAUCACAUCCGAAGGCAAUUUUAUGAGGAUUACCUUCACAUCUGACAACAGCGUCCAAAAAUCGGGCUUUGCCGCCGUAUUUUUCACCGAUAUGGAUGAGUGUGCCAACAACAACGGUGGGUGUCAGCACGAGUGCAAGAAUACGAUAGGUUCUUAUCAGUGUUCUUGCCACAAUGGAUUUACGCUUCACGAAAACGGUCACGAUUGCAAAGAGGGUGGCUGCAAACACGAAAUUAUUACGCCCGUGGGAACAAUCUCCUCACCAAACUACCCGGAUUAUUAUCCUGGCCGUAAGGAUUGCGUUUGGCAUUUUACUACGAAGCCAGGCCAUCGGAUAAAAUUGGUCUUUAAAGUUUUCGAGAUGGAGCCGCAUCAAGAAUGCGCUUACGACCAUAUUGCCAUUUAUGACGGAGAUUCACCAGACAGCAUUACUUUGGGUAGAUUUUGCGGUAACAAGGAACCACAUCCGAUUCUUGCUACGGGCAAUCAAAUGUACAUGGUGUUCAAGAGCGAUGCAUCCGUACAGAGAAAAGGUUUCUUGGCCACUCACAGCACAGCCUGCGGCGGUCAUCUUAUGGCAACGGAUAGAGUGAGACAUUUAUAUUCUCAUGCUAAAUACGGUUAUUACCAUUACGAUCACAAAACUGACUGUGACUGGGUGAUAGAAGCGCCACUUGGCAAAAAUGUUCACUUAUCUUUUCUUUCGUUUCAACUGGAAUACGAACCCGAAUGUGGAUAUGAUUUUGUUGAAGUUUUUUCCGGUUUAGACGCCUCUAGUCCACCAUAUGGUCGAUUUUGCGGUAAUUCCAAUACUACAGAUUUUAUUUCCAUGAAUGAGGCGCUACUAGUAAGGUUCAGAACGGAUGAUACAAUCUCAAACAAAGGUUUUGUGGCCAUUUUUGUGGCAAUCGAUCGGCAGGAUAGCGAAGAAAAUCUCGGGGGUGAAGACAACGAAGAUCAGGAAAAUAUUUGAUCCUUGACUCGACUACAUUCCAAUCAAUUGGAGUGAUUGAAUUGCGAGUAGACUACUUGCGUGAGAGGUAUGAAUUAGGAACUUUAGUGACAAUACAUUACGUAUAUUCUUCUAUGUAUGUUAAAUGAAAUUUUCAUUCUUGUUAGAAUGAGAACACGUUAGAAAACGCGUUGAUUCCUUAUACAUAUAUAUAUGUAUAUAUACAUAUACAGGGUGGGUCUUAGCUGCUGCGCGGGCCCUUUUACCAUGAGAGAUGGAUUACCGACUGCAACUUUAGUUCAUUGAACGGCACAAGAGGGCAGCUGCUUAGAUCUCAGGGAUGUUGCAGGCAAGUUGAAAAUCUGUUCCACUUACAGACAUCACGCGGAGAAAAAUAAUUUGCUAACACAAUAUAUCUUAUGUAAACUUAAGUAAAUUUUGUCUGUUAUUUUAUGAUAAUGUUAUUUUCUCUUCUAUGGACAACUAUGUGUUAAGAACACUAAUUUUAUUGAAAAAUUAUUGUGCGAAAUAUUUAGCUAAAGAAAUAAAAUAAUUUCUGUUCUAUU